GCCUUUUACCCAUCUGGUUCAGGCUACAGGGACAACAUGUCUUCAUCCAGGAACUUUAGAGCAGAGUCUGGGAAAGAUUUUACAUUAGAUGACUGUGAUAUGGAAGAUCUAAAUUUGGGGGAGACUUUGCCAUCAUCAAGUCAGAAAGAGACACCUAGGUCAAAGGUUUUUGAAAAUAAAGCUAAAGAGAAUAAAACAGAGACGGUAAAACUCUCUCUUCAGAAUUUCCCACAUAAUGAUUAUGAGUAUCUUUUUCAAGAGGAUUCAGAAAGUGAGAGUGAUCCCAGCACGUGGAUUGCCAGUGGCUCCUCCAUAAGAGACAGGUCGAGCAGUGAGGACGAAAAGCUUGCAGGGCCAUCACAGUCAGUCUCCCCUCUGCUCCCCGAUAUGCACAUAAUGGUUUUGGAGGGAGAGUUAACUCAGUUGGCUCAGAUUCGACCAUUAAUAUUCAGUUCUCAUGAGAAAUCAGCCAUCAAGGAUUGUUUGAAAAUGCUUCAGAAAAAAUUAGCAGCAUAUGAUAUCAUCCAGGAGUUUGUGGAUCUAGAACUUAAGAAUCUGCCUGGUGAGUUCAACUUUGGGAAUGAACCAAGCAACAGAGAGAAAAACAGAUACCGAGAUAUUCUUCCAUAUGAUUCAACACGUGUUCCUCUUGGAGAAAGCAAGGACUACAUCAAUGCUAGUUACAUUAGAAUAGUCAAUUAUGGAGAAGAAUAUUUUUAUAUUGCUACCCAAGGACCACUGCCAGGCACCACAGAUGACUUUUGGCAAAUGGUUUUGGAAAAUAAUUCUAAUGUUAUUGCCAUGAUAACCAGAGAGAUAGAAAGUGGAACUAUCAAAUGCCACCAUUACUGGCCCAUUUCUCUGAAGAAGCCUUUGGAAUUGAAACACUUCCGUAUCUUCCUGGAGAACUACCAGAUACUUAAAUAUUUCAUCAUUCGAGUGUUACAGGUUGUGAAGAAGUCCACGGGAACUAGUCACUGUGUAAAACACUUGCAGUUCACCAAGUGGCCAGACCAUGGCACUCCUGCGUCAGCAGAUUAUUUCAUAAAAUACGUUCGUUAUGUGAGGAAGAGCCACGUCACAGGCCCCAUGGUUGUUCACUGCAGUGCUGGUGUAGGCCGGACUGGGGUGCUAAUAUGUGUGGACGUUGUGUUCUGUGCCAUAGAAAAGAACUACUCAUUCAACAUCAUGAAUAUAGUGACCCAAAUGAGAGAACAACGUCAUGGCAUGAUUCAAACGAAGGAGCAGUAUCACUUUUGUUAUGAAAUUGUGCUUGAAGUUCUCCAGAAACUUCUGACUAUGGAUUAAGAAAGACUUCUAUU